ACUGACUGAAUAGAUGUUUCUGUAUGCAGGUAGAAAGCAAUGCGCGCUUUGUGACAUGGUCUGAUGGCAGUGUACAAUUAAUGAUUGGAAAUGAAGUUCUGGACAUAUCUACGCAAGAUGCGCAGCAUGAUCAAGCACACCUGUUUCUUAGACAUGGAAAGGGAAUACUACAAUCACAAGGGAGAAUUUUAAACAAGAUGAGGUUUAUGCCUUCAUCAUUGACAUCGAACUCUCACCGUUUAUUGACUGCCCUUGUUGAUUCACGUCAUAAGAAGUAUCAAAAAGUGAAGAACUGUUUCACUGACAUUGACCCUGAGAGGGAGAAAGAGCAAAAGGAGAAGGCUGAAGGCCAAAACAUCAGAGCAAGUGUACUCCUCAAUAGGAAAAAGGAGAAGGUCAGCCGCAAAUACAUGCCUACGGCACGUAGGGAACGCCAACUCUCUCCUGGUUUCUUGGAGGAUGCGCUUGAGGAGGACGAGGAGGCUGAUUACUAUGACUCUCGACGGUCUGCUGCUCGACGUCGUGUUGAAGACGACCUAGAAAUGGAAGCUCAAGCUGAGAAACGAAUCAUUAAUGCGAAAAAGAAAGAUAUUCCUUGGCAAACACCAUUGCCUGCUUCAAAGCAUUCUCGACGCCCUGUUGAUUUUGAUGACAGCGAGAAGGAGGAGUCUGAGUAUGAAACUGAAGAGGAGGAAGAGGAAGAAGAGAGGUCCCCACCACGUAGAAGGGCUGUUCAGGAGGAGCCAGAAUAUGAAGAUGAGCAAGAGCGUGAUCAGGGUGAGGAGGAAGAGGCAUAUGAAGAGUCUGAAGAGGAAGCUGAGGAGCCGAAGCAAGAUGUUAGGGAAUCAGGACCAAGUAAGCGGAAAGGGAUUGAGUCAGAUGAAGAAUCUCCUCCAAGGAAGACAACAACUCAUCGCAGAAUGGCAAUUGUUUAUGACAGUGAGGAGGACUAAAACGUAAUGGCGUGGAAUCUAAGACAAGUUUACAUUUGCCAGGCAAAUUUGCAUAGGAGUGUCACAGCCUGGGAUUUGAAACGAGGCAAGAGCCUGAAUGUUGUUCAGUUAUACAUCACCGACUUACCUUAGGUUUAUACUUUCAGAGGUCUUUCUCAUGCUGAAUUUGGCAAUGAGCCGUAGAAGAACUGUUGUUACCCUUUUUAUCUUCCGUUCAUAUGAAUUGUUGUUUAAGAUGGAUAUAACCUGUUUUUUUUUUUUUUUUAAUCAGCGAGCUAUUUAUAGAUGAAACUUGAAGCUUAGUAC